AUGAACUCUUUCACUCCAGUGGACCUUGACCUCACUUUCCCGGAGGAGGGGAUUUGUGCCCAGGACUUCAUUGAGCAGAGGAUCAAUGAGUCAUCCAUGUUGGGAUCCAAAGAUACCUUCUACGUGGCGGACCUGGGGGACGUGCUGCAGAAGCACCUGAGGUGGGUACGUCCCAUGCCUCGCGUCAUACCCUUCUACGCCAUCAAGCGCAAUGACAGCCGAGCCGUUGUCAUGACAUUUGCCACCCUGGGGACAGGGUUCGACUGUUCAGCAAAGGCUGAGAUCCAGCUGGUGAAGUCUCUCAGAGUGGACUCCUGCAGGAUCAUCUACACCAACCCCUGCAACCACAUGAAGUACGCCUCUGCCCACAGGGUCCAGAUGAUGAUGACCAGAUGA